AUGUCUCGCGAGGAUUGCUACGCGGCCCUUACCUGGGUCUAUGAACAUCAGGUCCAAUUCUCCGUCGACAUUGAGCGUAUCGCAAUAAUGGGCGACAGUGCUGGGGGUUGUCUUGCUGCCUGCGCCUCAUUACUCGCAAGGGACCGAGGGCUAUUUCACCGAUUGGCAAAACAGAUACUGAUCUACCCGAUGCUCGACGAUCGAAAUACCACACCUAAUCUGGCUCUUGAGCCUCUUGCGCCCUGGAAAGUGGCUGACAAUAUCACCAGUUGGACCACUCUGCUCGGAAACGGCAACAACCAUGAUCCUGUUUCUCAAUAUGCAGCACCUGCACGGUCGGAAACCGUUGAUGGUCUUCAAUCUGCGUACAUUGAGGUUGAGGUUGGUGAUCUGGACAUCUUUCGAAAUGAAAGCAUCCAAUACGCUACUGUAUUGGCAGCAGCCGAUGUGGGUGUGGAAUUUCAUCUUUAUCCUGGUGUCCCCCAUCUAUUUGACAUUCUCGCACCUGCCAUUCAUGUUACCAAGAGGGCACUUGAGAAUAGAAUAAGUGAACUAUGGAAAUUCCUCAAACAUCUUUAUCUGGCAGUUGGAACUGUCGACUACCCGGUUUUGCUGUCCAUUCUGUUUCGAAUAAUUCGCGCCGUGCAUGAUCCCCGACCUAAUGGGGACCUGGAAAGAAUGCUGAAAGUUCCGGGAAAGCAUCUUUUCAUCACCGAUGAAACUUGGCGGUCUGAGCCUGAACGUGAAUUAGCUGAACGCAAAUUCAAAGGUUGA